AUGUACAGGAACAAAUUCCAGCCGAACAUCUUGUCCCUCCUGCUGAGCGCGGGCUCGAAGCCGCUGGACCUGUGGAAGACGAAGACGAAGAAGGGGUGCGUUAGGAAAGUGCUGGACGACACCAUCAAGCUGAGUGCCAUUGAAAUUGUCUCCGAAAAUACGUCAGACUCUUACAUCUACACCGCCCCCGAGAAGUUCUCCUCCCUUGGCAUCAGCCUGCCCUUCAUCGUGCUCAUCGUGAAGAACAUGAACAAAUAUUUUUCCUUCCGCAUAAGCAUAAUGGACGACAAGCGGUGCAGGCGGACCUUCCGCAUUUCGAAUUUCCAGACGGUGACGAGGCUCUCCAACAAGUGGUGCACCAUGCCGAUGAUCCUGAACGAGGGCUGGAACAUCAUUCAAAUAAAUCUGCAGGAGUACACGCAGAAGGCCUUCCGAACGAAGUACCAGGAGACCAUCGAGAUGCAAAUAAACGCCAGCAUAAGAAUCAGGUGCAUCUACUUUUGCGACAGGCUAUACAGUAACGACGAGCUGAAGGACGAGUAUAAAAUCUUUUGCAAAAAGAAGGAGAAGGUUAAGUACAUUCCUCCGCAGAGCUUAAACAAGCCAAUGAAGAAAAUGACCAUCAAAAGUGCCGUCACCGGGGGAGCCGUCUCCAAGGCAUGGGGGACCCCUCCGACUGACGUGGAGCACAAGGAGACAACGGGGGGAGCUUUAACAAACGAGCAUUCAAAACAACCGGAUGGGGAAGCCACCGGGCAGGAGAACCCCCCAAGUGUAGACAUGGCCGAGGGGAUAGAGUUAUAUGAGGAGAGCGCCGACGACCCCUUCUUCGGCGACAAAAUCGACGGGGAGGGCACCUCCCUGGCGCAGCUCAUCGGGGGCGACGAGGCGCCCAGCGGGGCGGCCAGCGGAGCGGCAAGCGAAGCGGCAAAGGAGGCGGUAAAUGAAGCUGCCAACGAAGCCGCUGACCAAACCGCCGCCGAAAUCGCCGAAACCGCGGACGCCGCGGAGGCCGAGCAGCUGGCGCACAUCAAGACGCUGGAGAUGGACGUGACCAACGUGCUCUACGAGGACGUCAACUACGAGACCUACGACAAUGAUGACAUCUGA